UUGAGUUUCACAAACACAAAACAGCUGAUUUCAAAAUUUUCAAAUUGAUUUGUUAUUAUUUAAUUUUUAGAUAUAUGUGGAACAGCUACCACUAGUCGAUGUACUUGUCUUUAGUUUUUCGAGAACAAUAUAACUGACUUGAGACAAAAUCAGCCAUACACUGCUUGACACGUUGCAAAUUACUCGAGCGUGGCUUAUUAUAGAAAACUAGCGAACUAUCGCAACAAGUGGGAGACAAAAUUGUAUAGUCACAUUUGUGGAAUUUGGGACGAAAUAUGUAAACAAGGCAAGAUAAGACGAUAAGCGCGGAUGGACUCAAUGCAGGAGUGUGCGAUUCCCUGGAUUGCCAUUAACUAUAAUAAAUUAGAAUCAAGCGUUAUCACUUGGCAGGGGGUACACGAUUGCUGACCAAAGAGAAUAUACAACGAAAAAUUACCAAGACUGAGAUUAAUUUGAAUCUACAUCUGAAGGCUGAGCACAAAGAAUGUUUGUGGAUUUUAUUGCUGGCCUAAUGGGGGGUGCUGCAGGAGUGCUUGUUGGCCACCCAUUAGAUACUGUAAAAGUUCAUUUGCAGACUGAUGAUCCAAAAAAUCCAAAAUAUAAAGGAACAUUUCAUUGCUUAAAAAUAAUAAUACAAAAAGAUAAUAUCCAAGGUUUAUAUAGAGGAAUAAGUAGCCCAAUGUCGGGAAUUGGAUUAGUAAACUCAAUCGUUUUCGGAGUAUAUGGAAAUAUUCAACGCUUGUCCGAUGAACCCAAUUCACUGCUUUCACACUUUUAUGCAGGCUCUAUUGCUGGUCUAGCGCAAAGUUUUGUAUGUGCACCGAUGGAGUUAGCGAAAACAAGACUUCAAUUAUCGACACAGAUUGACAGUGGAAUUAAAUUUACUGGACCAAUCAACUGCAUUAGAUAUAUAAUAAAGACAGAAGGUGUACGCGGAGCGUUUAAGGGCUUAACAGCCACCAUUUUCAGAGAUAUUCCAGGAUUUUCCAGCUAUUUUGUAUCCUAUGAGUUUCUAAUGCGACAGAGAGAAAUUCCUAAUAUCCCAUACACUCUUAUGGCUGGAGGCUGUGCUGGAAUAGCGUCAUGGCUAGCCUGCUAUCCCAUUGAUGUAGUAAAAACGCAUAUGCAAGCAGAUGCUCUAGGAAAAAAUGCUAAAUACAAUGGAUUCAUCGAUUGUGCAAAAAAGGGCUUUAAAAAAGAGGGUACCUUCUUUUUCUUUCGAGGAUUGAACUCUACUCUGAUACGAGCUUUUCCAAUGAACGCAGCUUGCUUUUUUGUGGUUUCAUGGAUAAUGGAUAUUUUCAAUAAAAGUGGUAUGGAUAUGGUAAUGAGCUCUGAUAACCCACUAUAUCUUGUAAACUUAGAAAAUACGACCCAAGAUAAUCUGGGGAACACGUCCUCAAAAAUUGAAGAAUUAGUAAGAAACAUUAUAACUGACGACUCUAUUUUAGUACAAUUUAUUUCCACACAUCAGGACAUAACUCCAAACCACUUUACAAAUAAUAUUUAUAACGAUUCUGAUGAUUUAAAAAGCCAUAUGGAAUCUAAAUAAAAAUCAUAAUAAAAAUCGAAUAUCUAUA